GCGUAGGCGGAACCGGAAGUUGUAGGGAAGGCGCCCGUCCCCAGUAUGGCGGCCGCCUGUCCCUGCAGGCCGAUUGCUCCCGAUACUGCUGCCGCCCGGCUCCUGGGUGCCUUGUGGUUCGUAUCAGUCACCACUGGACCUUGGGGAGCUGCCGCCGGGGGUGGCGAAGAAACACUUAAGUGCGAGGACCUCAAAGUGGGACAAUAUAUUUGUAAAGAUCCAAAAAUAAAUGAUGCUACACAAGAACCAGUUAACUGUACAAACUACACAGCUUAUGUUCAGUGUUUUCCAGCACCUAACAUAACUUGUAAGGAUUUUGGUGGCAACGAAACACAUUUUACUGGAAACGAAGUUGGUUUUCUCAAGCCUAUAUCUUGCCGAAAUGUGAAUGGCUAUUCCUACAAGGUGGCGGUUGCACUGUCUCUUUUCCUUGGAUGGUUGGGAGCAGAUCGAUUUUACCUUGGAUACCCUGCCUUGGGUUUGUUAAAGUUUUGCACUGUGGGGUUUUGUGGAAUUGGGAGCCUAAUUGAUUUCAUUCUUAUUUCAAUGCAGAUUGUUGGACCUUCAGAUGGAAGUAGUUACAUUAUAGAUUACUAUGGAACCAGACUUACAAGACUGAGUAUUACCAAUGAGACAUUUAGGAAAACACAGUUAUAUCCAUGAAUAUUGUUUAAAAGAAACACUUUCAGAUCUGUCUUUACUUUGGUAUCCAGGGAGCUAAAGAUCUUCAGGGAGUCUGAAACCUUGAUGCGUCAUGGAUACUUCUGGCAGUGAUUCAGGGCUCUGAAGUGUGAACUUUUUCCUUCUUGCUUUAGAAGUGAUGCACUAACUUUUGGAGGGACCAGAUGCUGACUCAUGUAGCUCAGUGCGGUUAUAUUUGAAGCUGGAUGGACAAGGUGGGAACACCAAGCAGAUGAUUAAUGUCUUCCAUCUGUUAGCACUGCCCGGCAGGUGCCGGCACAAGUGUCUUAGGUGAUGCACCAGUGUCUCGGGGAAGCAGCAUUUGUACUUCAGCACUGGUUUUCCUUACUGUGUUCAGAGGGUUUUAAGAAGAUGGAAAUACAUGAAAUGUUAUAUCUCCAUAAUACUGUCAUAUCUUACUUUAGUAACAGGCAUACCGAUUUCAGAAUUACUGGGAUCUGGGCUUCUCAAAAGUAAAAGCCAUAUCUUUCAUCACUCAUCUCACUCAAAAAUAUACAAUAUAGUACAGUUAGCUCACUAAUGUGUUAGUCAUACAGUAACAGCUUCUCCAGUUGGUGGGAGAUUAUUAAGUAUUGAUACAAGAAGUGAAUUUGGAUUGAUUCCUCAUAUAUGUCAGGAGGGGUCCCUGGGUUUUCAUUAAUAAAAAUACUGAGUGUCUGUCGUGGGGGAGGAGCUGUUCUAGACUCUAGACUGCAUCAGGGAACAAAACACAAACAUCUCUGCUGUUAGGAGUUUGUAUUGCCUUGGGCUCACUUUUUCACAGUGGUAUUUUUGGCCUCGGUUAAGCUGGAUACCCAUGUUUUAGUAUUCCCUCAUUCCUUUGCUUGCAGACAGUGCUUUGAAGUUUACUUCAGGAUCACUUCAUCUCAGAUUUUAAAGUCUGUAGGGUUUCCACAGCUAUAUCAGUUCAAUUAUAUGAGAAAUACCUGCAGUCAGAUCUUCAAACUAAUCUUGCUUCCUAAGUAAUUUGUUACAGUUACCUUGACCAGGUGGGAAGUCUCCUUCAAAGCAGGUGCUUCUCAAAAGUAUAAUCAAAUAAGCUAUACUCUGAUAGGAGUUGUUGGUAAAAUCUAGAAAUAAAGUCCCUUUACACUACACUCUUGAAUCUUUAGAUUUUGUUUUCACUAUAAAUUCCUAUAAAUUCUUCAGUCUUUCCAGUUUGUGUAAUACCCUGUUGCCUAAUAUAUGUAAUUCUUUUACAAUUUUGUAAUGUUUUUAUGUCUUACUUGUUUUUUAUGUGAAUGCAUUUAAAGCAUGUGAAUGCUGUUUUUUGUUUUAGUGUCAUGCAGCACUAUAUUAUCAUGGCUAUUUGUUAGUAGUGUGUGUAGGAAUUGUAUGU